GGCCGAGACCCGAAUUCAAACCUAACUAAGGAAAGCAGGGCGGAAAGCCUAUCUCCUCUUGGACGGGGCGCGGUGGAUACCAUAAUCGGUCAAGCAACAGACAGCCUUUUUUGUCCAAGGGCCCCCGAACACCGUUCAGGGGGAAACCGCGCAAGGACAAGAAUUAAUACGCCGCCUAAAAGAUAUAAAAGAUUCGUGGGAUCGGCACUUUUCUGCAGAAAGUCCAACAGGACCACGCAACGGAAAUCUGUGUCGUCCCCGACUGGCCGACACAGGCUUGGUACCCGAAAGUCAAGACCAUGUGUCUCAAUCAACCGAUCACCCUCGGCCCACAGAGGAACAUGCUGUCAUUGCCGGGUCACCCUCACGAGAUACACCCGCUGCACAAGUCCCUUCGCCUGCUGGUCUGCCUCUUAUCCGGCAAACCCUAGAAGUUCACCGAUGUCAAACUUAAACGAGACUCAUGUUACUCCUCCGUUCCUGACUGAUGACAAGAUAGAAUCCCAAUCAAACUUCGACUUACAGGAUCAGCGAAAGGGUGGCUUUAUCAGUCUGAAAGAGAUUCACCUUCCGGUAGUCAAUGAGCUUGGAGACUUGAAGGAAACCGACUCAGAGCACUCAGAUGCGAACAGUGUUCUUGAAGACCUUGUAAACUGCAAACGAACAUACGAAAACACUUACAAGAUUGAUCCAGAUGUGAGCUUUCCGGUUGCUAAAGUGGAGGAGAUUAUACGCGGGGUUCUAAGUGAGACGCUUUCUAGUGUUGAGUACAACGUGACGAAGGCAAAAGAAAAAUGCAAAAGCAUUUCAAACAGCAUAAAGGAGCGUGUAAAAGCCCUUGAAUUACCAAGGUAUAAGCUGGUAGUUUUAGCGCAUGUUGGAGGAAACCAGGGACAGGAGAUAAAGGUUACGAGCAGAUGCGUGUGGAGCCACGAGUUUGAUAACUAUGCGACUGCAAGUUAUUGCAAUUCCUCUGUUUUUGCACAAGCAACUGUUUAUGGCAUUUUCUUUGAAUGAGUAAAGGCAUAAACGAGGGGAACAAGAAUCACACGGCCACUUUUGAGCAGAUUUUAAAAGCCUACCAAAAUACAACAGCUCAUUUUUUUCUGUGACCAUGUGUAGUUCCAGAAAAUAUCCAUACCCCCCCCCCCCCCCCCACCCCAUGGAGGGGAUUGGAAAUUCCGGGGUGGGGGGUCAAAUGCCCAGAAGUUUCCAGAGGGGAGGUGAGGGGGGGGGGUAAGGGGGUAAAUGCCCUUUUUCCUUGUCAGUCACUGUAUUUAUUUUUCCUCCCCCCUCCUCACCCUUCUAGCAAAACUCCGCCCCUGGCGCCUAUCAAUAAACCACGCCAAGCGGAUAUAUCACCAAAAUAGACGACACGAGUUAGUGCGAUCCUGUAUUAUCGAAACUAUCAGAUCAUCAAAACACUAUUUCGAAAAAUUUCUGGCUAGACGUUCUUAUAAAAAGCUUCUUAUAAAAAAAAAAGAGUGUGUUCUUGUUAGUUGUA